UUUUCUUCCUCUGUUAUAAUCGUAUCCAUGUCAUAGCCAACGGUUCUUAUUAACAACAAGUAAAGGUGAAUUUCUCAUUUACGUUAAAUAACUAUCAUUAUUAUACUUGAAUUCAUAAAUUCUACCAAAAAAUACCAACUCUUUUCGACUCUGUAUUCAAGCUCUCAUGAGCACGAAUGGUAGUGCAAUCAUUAUAUUGUAGUUAUCAAAAUGGCAACCGAGAAACUGAAAGCAUCCUUUUGCAGCAUCUUUAUUCUGGCUUCCACUAAAAGGACUUGGCAAUUUCAACUUUCAAGCUUGUGGGAUCCAUCACCCACUCAAAGGGCCUAACCACUCAUGCACAAAUUGGUGGCUUGAGUACCGGAAAAAGGCCGCACUAACUAAUUAGGUCAAUGUACAUUUGCUAAGAAACGUCUCAUUGGCUCUUUUCUACCAGUUCUCCUCAGCUUCUUGGGUUCUGAACUUCCAACUUUUAAGCUCUGUCUUUGGUACUAGUGUUUGACACACCCAACAUUUCUCUCAGAACCUUCAUGGAAGUUAUAGAACCAAUCUUAGUCACUCAGUUCAAGCUCGGCUGUCUUAAAUCGGUCAUUUAAAUUUGGUUUAUGUUGUAAGAAGCACCAAAAAGAACUUUAAAGUUGAUCUGCCCUGAACUUUUUCUGUAAGUAGUAGCAGGAGAUUCAAAGAGAACCCUUCCCACCAUUUUUCUAUCCACUUUCCACUUUCCACUUUCCUUGUCCUGCAUGCCAACUCUUGAAGAUUCCCAUCGUUUCUCUCUUUCGGAAUACAGACUCUUCUGAAGUUGGAUGAGCUCAUAUGGGUUUUUAUGUUUCAUGUUCUUUUGAACAAUGGGAGUGUGUUGUGAUCUUGAAGUAGAUGUCAUUGGUGAAGCAACUUUUAUGGUGGACAAGAGAGUCAUUCUUUCUUGCUCAGGCAGGCUAAGGAAGUUAAUAAGAGCAACUGCAGGUGUAACAAGGGGUCUGAAAGUUGUAUUACAUGGCUUUCCCGGAGGUUCGGAAGGCUUUGAACAAAUUGCAAGGUUUUGCUACAAUGGAGGAAGAGUUGAAAUCACCCCAUCCAAUGUAGUCCUUCUCCACUCUGCAGCCAUUUUCUUGGAGCUGGAAGGUCCUGGUGACUCUGCACAGACCCAAUUAAUAGCUGAAACCAAAAAAUCCAUCCAAGGACUGAACUUUUGGAGCUGGUCUGAGCUCCUGCUAGCCUUGAAACAAUGCCAAAUUUGUCUUCCAAUCAGAAAGGAUUCAUUUUUGGUUAAAAAACUCUUGGAUUCCAUCAUAGGCAGGCUUGGUUUUACUAGCUAUGAGAGUACAUGUACAUCUUCUUCUACAAGCUCUAGUUUUCAUUAUUCCUAUGAUACAAGAAGCCAUGACAGUUUCAGUCGAACAACUUGGUGGUUUCAAGAUUUGGUUUUCUUCAACAUUGACAUGAUCCAGAAACUAACCAAAAUGAUGGUUUCUCGGAAUCUUGACCACAAGAUAAUCUGCAGGUUUCUUUUCUACUAUAGAAGAUCAAGAUCUUGCCAUUCUGAACCAGCUGAGCAGAAGAGAAUCACAGAACGUGUUAUUGAUUUGCUCUGUUUUCAUGAUCACCGGAGCUUGUUUUCUGGAGAGGGCUUGUUUGGCAUAUAUCAUGCAGCUCUGAGCUUGAAGGUCAGAAGAAAAUCUAAACUAAAACUAGAGAUUUUGAUGGGUUCACAGUUGGAUCAAUUGACAGUGAGCCAUUUGCUUGUUCCUGCUCCAUGUGGAAAGGAUUAUGUGUAUGAUGUGAAUUUGGUUCUUAGGCUUUUAAAGUUCUUCUUCCAGGCUGAAUCUAAAAUUUGCCUUUCCCAGCUUUGUAAAUUUGAGAAAGUUGCUAGAUUAAUGGAUUCUUAUUUAAUGGAAGUGGCACCAGAUUCACAUCUUAAGCCCUCCAAGUUUUGUGCAUUAGCCAUGGCAUUGCCACAUUCAAGAAGAGAAUCUCACGACAAACUUUAUCUAGCAAUUGAUAUGUACUUCCAGGUUCAUGAAGAAUUAUGUGAAGUUGAAAAGAUCAGAAUCUGUUCUGCACUGAACUACAGUAAGCUAUCAGCUGAAGCUUUGAAGCAUUUGGCACAAAACCCAAAAUUUCAUUGUAGAAGAGCAGCCAAAUCUCUGUUUUCCAAGCAAUACAGCUCCACAUCCAUAGACUUGUUCUGUCACUCAAUGAUCAAUAAAGUUCUAAGAGACUCUCCUUCUGCCUGCUCCGCUAAUGGAAAUGCAGGCAAGAGAAGAUCUGAAAGCCAUCAAUCCAAAGGCCAUAAUAGUGGAAGAGAAGGAUCAAAAUGUGUGUUCUGAUACAAAGCAUCCCUUAGAUCAAUUAAUUUGUAAGUUGUGACAUAUGAGGGAGAUAGAAGAAUUCAAAUUAUUCUCAUUAAUUUAUUAUAGCCAGGAGAAAUAUGUAAGGAUUUUAUUAUGUUUUGGAAAUAAAGGGUUGCCUUGAUUUUCAACAAUUGUAGAAGCUCGUGCCAUUGCAGCACAAAACAAGGCAUAGGACCAAGUAAUAUGAGAUUAACCAUUUAAGUA